AUGGCGGAGCUCGUGGCCAGCUUGGCCAGGGGCGCCGUCGACUCGCUGCUGGGCCGCCUCGGCAGCAUGUCCACCGACGAGGCACGGCUACUCGGCGGCCACGUCCGGCGCGACGUGCAGUUCAUCAAGGACGAGAUGGAGAUGAUGGACGCGUUCCUCCUGCUGCUCCUGCGCCAGCAAGCCGGCAGCCUCGACCGCCACCACCACAACCAGUGCACGCCAUGGAUCAAGAAGGCGACGGAGCUCGCCGGCGACUGCCGGGACUGCGCCGAGCAGUAUGCGCACUUCGUCGCGGCUCGGCCGCCCUCCAGGAGCCUCCUCCUCGGCCACCUCCGGCGGGUGUCCCGGCUCGUCCGGAGCCUCCCCGUGCGCCACAGGCUGGCCGUGCAGAUCCAGGACAUCAAGGUCCGGCUGGGCGAGCUGAACCGCCGCCGGAAGACCUAUGACAUCUCGGUCAGUCCCAGCAGCUACCGUCCACCUGAGCGUGACGACGCCGGCGACCAGGAAGAUGAAGCUGCCUGGAGGCGCCAUUUGGCUUCCGGUGAACCACCGGCCGACCUGAAGAACACCGUGGACGAGCUUGUCAGGUGGCUCAUGGAGGAUCAACGUGCAGGGCUCAGGAUCAUACCUGUUGUCGGAAUCUGCGUGGAUGCAAGUUGGACUAUUGCUGACAGAGUCUAUCGGCACUCGUCUGUCACUAGCAUGUUUGACUGCAAGGCCUGGAUCACUGUCCGUGAUGUUCAAUCUCCUCUUCAGAUUCUCAGAGACAUACUGUGCCAACUUGCUCUCCCUCUGAACAAGUUCAGGAGCGAGAUGAUUGGCUGGAAAGAGGAAGAGCUGGUGCACAAGUUCCGCUGCUAUUUGCGAGGUAAAAUCUUCCUCCUUGUUCUUCACGAUGUCCGUGAUGAAUCUAUCUGGAGUCAAAUAGAGCAUGCGUUCCCAGAUGAUUCUUGUGCUGGUAGUGCUAUCAUAAUCACAACAGGUGAUGACAGAGUGGCCGAUUCUCUCUCUACGUAUCAAAUCUUCAACCCAGAUAGCUCCGGUUAUGUUCUCAAUUUCUACCUCGGUAAAGCUAUUGCUCUGCUCAAACAUGAGAAUGAGAAAUCUCUGAGGCAAAUCCUACCCUGCAUGUUGGUCCAUCUUGAACCUGAAAUCCUUUUCAUGAAGAUGCUCCUUCGGUAUUUGUAUUAUGAGAGCCAUGCUAUGUUCCGAUUGCGUGAUGCACUACAGCAUACGUCAUCACUGCAUGAUUAUUGGCCUAAGAAGAUGGUAUUCUUAUGCUACAACUAUUUACCUGACAAGUACAGGAGCUGCAUGUUGUAUCUGUCUAUUUUCCCACCCGGUUACAGCAUCAGGAGGACCAGCUUAGUAAGACGAUGGGUUGUUGAAGGCCUCAUCACUGACAAGCAAGAGAGUAGUGCCUUAGAACAAGCUGAUCAAUGCUUUGAUGCCCUUGUUGGGAGGUUGAUUCUCUGUCCAAGUGACACUGAUUCUUUAGGCAAGGUCAGGGCCUGCACAGUACCUGAAUUAGUUCAUGAUGCUCUCACUGAUCUGAUAGCCAGAGAAAGCAACAUUACUCCUGUGGACACAGUAUUGGUGCCACCGGAGUUGGCUCGUCAUCUUUCAAUCCGUUUCAGCAUGAAGAUGCACAUGUCUCCGUCUGAACCAAUCAAUAAUAUUCUUACCUUUCUCAAGUCCUUGCCUUCAUCAUCUCUGCUGGGUCUGCUCAAAGUGCUAGAUUUGGAUGGCUGCAAAGGUUUGAAGAGGCACCACCUGAAGAAUAUCUGUGGCAUAUAUUUGCUCAAGUAUUUGAGCCUACGGGGUACAGAUGUCACAACACUGCCCAAGCAAAUAGAGAACCUGAUCUACUUGGAAACACUUGACAUCCGACAGACCAAGAUCAGUGCCUUCCCCGGUAAAUCUUUAGUGCUCCCUAUGCUCAAACAUUUGUUCUCAGGCCACACUGCCUGUCCAAGCAAAGACAUCAUCAGGAAGCAAGAAUCGUUCUCUACCAUCCACAUUCCUCACCAAAUUGGGAGGAUGAGAAACAUGGAGAUACUGUCCUAUGUUGAAGUUUCACAUGGUAGAAUGGAGUUGAUUGAUGUUAAUCAGCUACUGAAGCUGAGGAAAUUAGGUGUGGUCAUGAAUGACACUGAUGAGGAUGGUUUUGACCAUUUGAUUCAAGUAAUCUGCAGGUUGCACAAGUGCCUACGCUCUCUGUCAAUCUGGAUAAGGCCAUCUUCUGCUGAUCAUGUAAGCAAGGCCUUGGACAUGAGCAUGAUGGACAGUACACCCCUGGAGUUUCUUGAGAGCCUAGCCAUCUCUGGCAUCAAAAUUGGAUUACCUCCAUGGAUUGAACAUCUCCACCAACUUACCAAGGUUACUCUACGUGAUACCUCCUUGACAGAGAGUGCUAUCCAUGUCCUGGGCAAGCUCGUCGGCUUGCGCUAUCUCAGGCUCCGACACAGGUCGUACGCCCAUGGCGAUCUAGCCAUCUCUGGAAGGGAAUUCAAAAGCCUGCAGUUUCUUUUGAUCGAGGAUUCAGACAUUGUCAGCAUCAGGUUCGAUGAGGGAGCAGCUCCUAGGCUCGAGAGGAUGGUAUGGCGUUUCACCAUAAUGAAUUCUCUUGUUGGCGUCGGUCACCUCCUAAGCAUCAGGGAGCUCCAGCUCGAAGGAGACUGUAACCUGGAUAAGAUUGGGGUGAUUCAGAAUGACAUUAAAGCACACCCCAACGGCCCCAGUCUGAAGCACAUUCCAGCAGCAGAGAACUAA